UACCAGGAACGUUACCCUUCUACAACAUUUCUCCUUAUCUGCCGUUGUCGCUCGCUCUUACCCUGUUAAAGAGGCCUGUGCAUGUAACUACUUUCCGCGGCACUAGAAAUCAUGUCGGAUAUCGAGUCAACCCUCACACGGAUUCAAGGGCAUAAGGGCGUCAUCGGUGUGAUUAUUGUCAACCACCAAGGAGUGCCGCUUCGAAGCACGUUCGAGCAUGACGCGAUGACCAAGCAAUACGCGGACUUGAUACCCAGCCUUGCGGACCUGGCAAGGAACCUGGUUCGGGACCUAGACCCCCAGAACGACCUCGAGUUCCUACGAAUCCGGUCCCACAAGCAUGAGAUCAUGGUCGCCGCAAAGGACGACUUCGUGCUUCUGGUCAUCCAGGACCCCACAGCAGCAGCGUAACAUUAGUCAGGCUUCAAGAAGUGCCUGUGUAUGGCCGCCCCAAACGCCUCUCACAGAAAUCCACGAAAUGCAACUAUGUAUACGAGCUCAGGAGCCC